AUGGUGAAUGGGUCAGUUUUGGUUCAUACUACUCAUGAGCAGUUCAUCGAUGGGGAGAUCAUGGAUAGUAAGGGAGUGUUUGUGUGUUUCUUUACAGCUGUUUAUGGCUUACAUACAGUUGAAACAAGGAGAGGUUUGUGGGCUUCCUUAACAGGGAUUGCUGCAAGUGUUAGUAAUGCCCCCUGGUUGAUCAUAGGUGAUUUUAAUGCUGUUUUGAAUACCCAGGAUAGGAUUGGUGGUGCUGCUGUUAGUAGAUAUGAAACUCAGGAUUUUGAAGAUUUCAUUGCUAAUACAGAUCAACAAGGGUUAGGAGAUGCUAGGGUGGCCAGUAGGAUUGACAGAGCACUAGGGAAUGGAUGUUGGAUGCUUCAAUUUGGCCACAUUGCAGUGGACUAUGGUAAUACUUCAAUUUCAGAUCACUCUCCUCUGUUGGUACAGUUUGGGAAUGAUCACACGGGGGGAGGUAGACCAUUCAAGUUCUUUGAUUUCUUGGCUAAUCAUUCUCAAUUUCAGACUGUUGUCACUCUUGAUUGGAACCGACCUAUACAGGGAAAUCCACUUAGCUGCAUCUGGUUCAAAUUAAAAAGGCUUAAAAGUAAGCUGAAGCAAUUGCACAAAGAGGAAUUUGCUUUGAUAUGA